CAUGUUAUUCCUGCUUGUUGUGACAGAGGUUUGAUAGACGAUCCCACAAUGCCUGGUGUAUUUCCGCGUCUACUAAUGACUCCUCACAGGGGAACAUCUGUCCAACGAAGUCGCAGAUGUUAUACGGGUAUACUCUAACGGCUGCACAAAAUCUUGGCCUCUUUCAUUUACCUGUUGGACAAAUAUCAGACAAUCUUUUCUCGACCACCACCGACGAACAUAUACGGUGGAAACUGUGGAGUCGAAUAGAAUCAAUAAAGAAUCUAAUCAUCGGCUUGAUCCUCUACGACUCUUCGCUCUCCGGAGUCUUCUCAAUAAGCCCUGUCAUUUCAACGAGCACACUCCACGUCGCCCUUCCAUGUGGCUUCGACCUCUACCGUGCUCAAUCACCUCAAGAGUGGAUGCGCCUAAUCCAAGAAGGCUCCAGACUCACUACCCCAACAGUCAAGCUAUCACACAACGAAUUCUACCUCCCAACCCUGCCCCACCAAGUCCACAUGUCGUGCCUGUACGGAAUCACGUCUGCCAUUCUCGUCCGCCUGAUCUCAAACUACCAUCGACUCAUUAUCGGCUCCGACCUGGGCCAAGAGGACUGGCACCAGCAUAUCCCCUGGCGGGUCUACAACCUCGACAAACGCGCCACUUCGAUCACCAACGUGGUCAUACACUUCAUCCAGCUAUACGAUACCAUCCUCGCGAGCUCCAACCCAAACUGCAUCGUCAUCUGGCAUAAUCUAUGUCUCCUCCUAACAGCCGACAUCCGUCUCCACGAACGAGCAGCCGGCCGCGAGGGUCCCGAAGCCAUGCAAACCGCCCGCCAAGCCAUCGCCCUCUGGGCCAGCACCCCGGCUGCCCGACGAGCCUGUCUCCACGCCGCCCAGAUCUUCCAUGCCCUGUCCAACUGGAAACCCAUGGACGGCAUGGGAUUCCAGCCUGCGCGCUGUCUCUUAAACUCCGCGCUCGUGCUUGCCCUAUACACACUGGUCAGCCCGAACUCUCCAGAUACACGACCCACCGAUACGUUCGAUCUCGCCACGGCAGACAUUGACUGGAAGGUUGUAGGCGACGAGGGGAUGAGCGAUGGCGAAGGUGAACGGCCGAGGACGGAUGAUCCGGCGGUGAACUUUAUUCGCUUCGGGGGGCCGGUGGUGCUCUUCGGGAAGACGUAUUUCGGGGGCGCUCGGCAUGCGCGUCGGCUUUUGUUGGAUUUUGCCAGUCUUUUGGAUGAAGUUGGCAGACAUUGGAUGGCGAAGUAUCCGCGUCUUUUGUAUAUGAUUCAUGAUACUAUGGUAGAUGUAUAUACGGGUGGGAAUAUGGGGGAGGUGGCUGCGUGAUCGGGUCCUGGUUGGGGAUUAUAAUGCAGUAUAUGAU